GUCUCUUUGCGUUGAGGAAGGAGGAAGAGGAGGGCCGGGCUGCUUGGAGCGGGAAUUGCGAAGGCCAUGGCGCAGGCCGGCGCUUCGGGAAGGAGCCGCCCGGCUUUCGAGCUGCAGGGGCUGCUCCUGCCGCUGAAAGACGAAGCCGAGGACGACGAGGAGGAGGAGGACGACGGCCACGAGGUCGAGCCCUUCGAUGUCGUUUCCGAGGAGUCCAGCCAACUCCUCAAACCCCCGCGAAGGAGAGUUAAAAUACAGGAUGCAAUAACCAAAAAGGAUUAUGAAGUGGUUGGACGGUUUGUCUUCAUCGGUCCUUGGUGGAAAGUGAAUGUAAAAGUUAAACAGUCUGGAUCAAAGUACUAUAUGGAUGGCUAUCCGUCUUACUUUCUACAGACUGAUGCAGGGAGAAACCAAAAAGCAGUCGUUUCUCUUUUCUUUAACGAAUGUGGUGUUCCUGAACCAUUACGAAUUGCAUUUUGGGAGUGGUUUCCUAGAGGGUCUUCUCUAAACAUUACGUGUCUUGAAGAAACACUAAAUCAAUUUAAGACGUCAAAACUUGCAGAAGAACAAGUAUCUACAGACCCCAAAGAAUUUGACAUUUUUGAUUAUAUUGAAAGAUCAUCUGUAGGGAAAGCUGUACUAUCAGCAUUAGCCUUUCCUCUUGUGCUGGAAUUCUUGCCAAAACUUCUGCCAUGCAAUGUUUCUGAUUGCGUUCAAUGGUAUGUCCAUGAACAAAAACAUUGCGAAGGUGAUAAAUUGACAACGCUGGAGAAAAUCUUAAAGGAAGAGCCAUGGAAACUUGGAUUCAGCAAAAUGACGUACAGGGAAGUUCAUGCUAAACUGGCUGAAGCAUCUUUGAAGGACUUGCAUGACUGCAAACAUCUUUAUCAGAAGAUUCCAAUUUUGCAGAGGAAUGCAUUAAUGCUGUAUGGAAACCUCAAGGAACGCUGCAGACAGUGUGGACAUACAUAUGAAGAACGAGAUAAGUUGACAGAUAUGGUAUCAAAAAAGAUGCCUGUGGAAGAGGCCUGGCAGGCACUCAAAUUUUUGAAGGAUGAAGGGAUAGUGAUUACUGAGAAGAAGCUUGUGUUUAUUCCACGGCUUUAUGACGCCGAGAAGCAAAUUGCUGACAUUGUAUAUAGGCUCAGACAAAACCCUCCAUGGCACUUUCAGGUUGAUGUUAAAGAGGUUCUUAAUGAUGGUUCAUGUAUUAAUAACCUCAGAGACUCGGACAAUGAGAGUGAAGUAAGUGAAGAAAAACCUUGUGAAAGAGAUCCAAAGGAAUCUGGCAAUGCUUCACAUGAACAGGAAAACUGUAACGAUGAUUUCGAGUCUGAGGAGCAAACUCAGAGCAAGGAAUCAAAAUGUGAAGCAGAAGUGGAUCCAGAUCAAGGAAAGGCAAUAGAACUUAUUUGUUCUAAUCCAGUGACUGUAAUAAGUGGCAAAGGCGGCUGUGGGAAAACCACAGUAGUUAGCCACCUUUUCCGCUUUCUGAUGAAGAAAGAAAAUGAAGAAGUUACAAAGGCCUGCAAUGAUUUCGAAAUGGACAUGGAUGCACCCGAAGAAUGGCAGACUUCCCAUCAGUCUUCUAAUGUGAAAACAAAUGACUCUUUAAAUAUUUUAUUUACUGCACCUACAGGGAAGGCAGCUGCUCUUUUGUCCAAGAAAACCAAGAUUCCUGCUUAUACUCUUCAUCAGGUCAUGUACAGUUAUUAUGCAUGGAGGGAUAACGAGGGAGUCUCUCCAUGGAAAUUUUCUAGAGUCAAUGUAUUAGUAGUUGAUGAAGGAAGCUUGGUGCCUGUAGGAAUCUUAAGCAACGUUUUAAAGUACUUGUUCCGGAAUGCCAGGCUUGCAAAGCUUGUUAUUCUUGGUGAUAUUAGGCAGUUACCCAGUAUUGAGCCUGGUAACACAUUGGCUGACUUUUUUGCCAGUUUGAAAUCAAGAGGUUGGUGUACAGAACUAAGGACCAACCAUAGAUCUGAGUCUCAGUUAAUUGUGGAGAAUGCAACAAGAAUUUCUCAGCAGAAAUAUCCAGUGUUUGAUCAAGUGCUGAAAUUUUCCCAAAGCGAUAAAAGAUGGCCAAUACCAAGUCCCGAGAAAAAAUUUAUUCUUCUUGUUUUACCUGCUGAAGAUGGUAGUAACUAUUUGCAGUCAGCUAUAAUGGCUUUGCUUGAAAGUGGCCCAGGACUGCAAGAUCAUACACAGUCACAGUUCAUUACUUUCAGAAGAAAAGACUGUGACAUCAUCAAUGAAAUCUGCUGCAAGCAUUACUCAAAACAUACAAUGAGAAACCAUAAGAAUCGACUCCAGUUCGUAUGUGGUGACAAGAUCUGUUCUACUAGGAAUGAGUAUGUUAAAAUGCUUCUUGCGAGAGAUAAUAUUGUUUGCACAAAAAAUGAAGGUUCUGGUCUGUGUACAUGCAACGUGUGCUUGCGAAGAGAAGAGCGCAUCUCUGGUCAUACACCAAGUUCUCAGGGUAAUGAUGAUACACGGUUGUGCAAUGGGGAAAUAUUCUUCAUUACAGAGGAUAAAGAAGUUGAUCGUGUACGCAUGGUGACAAUUAGCAUUACUGAUGGACCUGAGUAUACCGUGGUGUAUAAACGUCUCCUGAAAAACUCCAGGAUUAAGCAUGGCUGGGCCAAAACUAUUCAUACAUUUCAGGGUUCUGAGGAAAACACAAUUGUCUACGUUGUUGGAAAUGCCGGUCGCCAGAAUUGGCAGCAUGUGUACACAGCUGUCACCAGAGGCCGUUGCCGGGUCUAUAUUGUUGCUGAAGAAGCCAAUCUUAAAGCAGCCAUUGCUAGAGAAAGUUUCCACAGAAAGACUCGUUUACCACAACGUUUGAACAAUGCACUUACAGAAAAAAUAAGUAGUUCUCAGCAAAUAUCCUCAUCACAAGAGAGUUCUCUGACUCAAGAGGCCGACACUUGUUCUGUUCAACAAGAGGAGUCUGUAGUUUCUGACAAAAUGGAAAUUGACAAUGGAUUCAAGAUACCAGUUGGCACAGUUGAUGCUGCAGAGCAAAUUCCAGGUGAUCGCAAAAGGCAAAGCGAAAUUCCACAGGAUUGUUCAAGUCCAUCGAAAGUUGCUUUGAUAAAGGAAGAGAACAAAACAUCCCCCCUUGCAACUAACUUGCUCCAGAGUUUGACACUGAAGAGUGCAACUCCCAAGAAACUUUUUUCAUCAUAACAAGUAUACAAUGUAGUUAAAGAUGCUUUAUAUUGUAUUUCUUCCCUUUCUUUUCUUAUGGAGCUACAAUAUUUUAAGACAGAACUCCAAAAGUAUUGAUACUCUAUUUUAAAAGUUUCUGAAACUUCAAAUAAGUGUUCUUGGUUUUUAAACUCCUUUAAUACCAUCUUUCUUAUUACCAGCCCUUCACAUUCACUGCAGUUAGGGGCUCAUGACCAUUGUGAAAGUGAAAAACGGCAAAAAAUGGUUUUACAUGACAACAUCUCUAGGAAU